AUAUGGCGGUUACACAUCGCACUCCCGUGGUAUAUGUAGUAGGCAGCGCCCUCACAAGAGAUGGCGUCUGACCAGCUGCAGUUCAGUGUCAGCAUGGCCGAGAAGCGAAGUGCCGUGGGUGGCUCUCCGGUCCCCCGACCUCCGCCGCAGCCGGCCAGCGAGACGGAUUUCCUAGCUCAGGCCGGAGCGCGGCAUGUGAUGAGAGAAGCCGUGCUCACACUGCUGGAGGCCAGGCCGGAGGACCCGAUCACCUUCUUGGCUGAUUACUUCGGGACAUUAGGGACGGGUGCAGCCGACGGAGCGGCGGCCGGAGAACGGGGACACAAGCUAUUAGGGCAGCAACGCUUAAGACGUGCACUGUGGUUCUUAAAGCUGGCUCAUCACUCUCAGAGGUCUGCUUUUAGCAACAACUUAAGUGCUGCAUAUGACUGCCUCAGUGCUGGAGGAAGGAAGAAAAAGCCUGGUGUGAAUGGAAAGAGUUACAGUGAGUUGCUGACCAAUAUUUGCCAGGAAGGGGAUAUCCCUAAUGACAUUUCUUCUGCACUUCUGAAGAAGAUCCAGUGCCGAGAUCACGAGGCCGUCCCGUUUGAUGUGUUUCGUUAUGGGGUGCUGACCUGCUUUGUGUUGGUGGAGUUUAUAUCCAAAGCAGACAGUCUGUUUAACAUUCUAAAUGGAGAUAACCAUUCAGACCAAAGAGUUUGUCAGUCUGUCCUGCACACUUUAGAAGAGGCACUUGUUGCUAGUGACCUGUGUGUCCCAGCUAGUUAUCUGGAGGCAGGGUCAAAGCUGGGACCGGACUGUUUGGCCAUCGCCAUGGACCAAGCUCUCCUAGGUAGAAAACCCGGUGUCCCUAUAAGCCGCAGUGAAUUUUUGUACGAAGCUUGCUCCCUUUUUCUUCAUAAAGUUAAAGCCAUUCAAUAAAUAGGCCUUUCUUUUAA